UUUCUGUUCGUUUUUCGAGCAGUCUUUCUAGAGAGUUUCUAUCUAAUUUUUAUGAUAAAACAAAUUGAAAUAAUUUGUUUGUAGUUGAAAUUCUAGUAAAAUUUUAAAUAUGUAAGAAACUUCUUUUCGCAUGAAUUUUCAUUUCAAUCCUUUUUUAGUGAGUAGUUUCAAUGUGCAAUGUUAAAGCAUCGGUUGUGGAAUUGUUUUCUUUCAGAAUAUUUUACAAUCAUUUCUAAUGAUUUAUAUGUAUUAAAUAACAAGCUGUUAAAAUCGAGGAACAUUUUCAUUAAGAGUAUGUGAUAAUGCAAACAUCAGGCAUUCCAUACCAUUAGGAAAAAUUCAGCUACUGAUUAAUUGAUCUAAUGGCACAUGAAGAACGUCCUAUUUUAAGUAUGACAGAAAUCAAGCAAGAAUUACCACAGGAACAAGAAUCUAUUAAUUACAAUGCUGAUAUGGUUGUUAAAGAAGAAGUCCAAGAACAAACAUCUGACUCUGCGUCUUCAAUUACUAUAGAAGAAGAAACAAAUAAAUCUCCAGUUCUAUCAGCUGAAAGAACUAAUGCACUAAGUAAGGAACAAAAAGAUAUUACUGUCAAGCCAUUAAAUGCAGAAGUUAAAGCUUCAGGAAGACGUGGUCGAAGGAGAAAAAUAUAUGACAACAAUGAUGAUCCUGAAACUAUCAAAGAAAAAAGGAAAAAACGAGCUGUAGAACUAAAACUUAGGAAUUUGAAAUGGACUCUAAAUCAAGAAUCUGAUGUGAGUGGAAAAAGGCAAAAAAAAGUCCCACAAAGAUUUGAACUUGUUCCAGUUGACAAGCGGAAAUCUUGCAUGGACGAUUGUCAAGGACGAGGAGAAGCUCUAGGAAAUAUUCCUUGGAUUCAUCAACAGUUACAAACUGCAUCUAUAUAUACUUUGCGAUUACUCCACAGAACUAUUUAUCGUAAGCAAGGAAUGUUUUCUGAAAAACAUAUAAGGAGAAGUGUUGUGAAAUUUACUGGUUUCCCCUUUGAUGGGACACAUCCAGAAAUUAGAAAAAGAAGAGAACAGUUAGAAAGAGCCAAUGUUGGAGCUUUAGGAAAUCUUUGCGAUUUACUUGCUCUUCGUCGAGCAAGCAAAGAUGUAAUGAUUGAUAGAAUUAUUGGUUUCUUACUCUUUCCUACACAUGAAAGCGUGGAAAAUUAUUUACAAGAUGCAAUGGCUGAAAAAUUACAACAAUCAAAAAUUAUAUGUGCUAAAGCUGCUGUUUGUUCCCCAAACUUGCCAGCUUCUCAGAGACCAGAUCCAUUUCACUUUCUAUUGGCUCAAGAGAAUCAAGAAGCUAUUCAAGAUAUUUGCAACAUUUCACAGGAAGAUGCAGUGGACUCUGGAAAUUAUGGUGGUGAUAUAAAUAAUAUUCCUUGGAAGAAACCUGCGUUUUUUUCUGAGGGAAAUGGUGUAAAAUUAAAGUACAUUAGAGCAAUUGCAUCAAAUAUCCAAGCAUCAUCUGAUAAUUUCAUCGAAUUGCUUCAUCGUCUUUUAUACUUGAAUGUUGAUGAGAGACUCAAUAUGAAAAGAAAUAUUUUAGAGUUCAGUGGUUUAAAAUGUCAUCCUAGUUCUAAUAACCAUGUAUAUAGAAUGAGAAUCUUAUCUGUCCUUCCCAUGGAGCAGGUUAAGUUGAUUUGCAAAGUAUUAUGUCUUCCAACUUGGCAUAGAUCAAGGCAGCUUUUGACAGAAGGAAUUAUAGAUUUCUUGGCUGCACCUCGAAUUUCAGUCAUGAAAAAAAGGGUUCCACCCCAUUUUACUGAUGAAAUCACUUUCACAUUUGAUUCAGCCAAAACACCUAAAGUACCUGACCUCCUAAACACCUCCUUACCUGAGUUACAGUCUGAUGAAUUGGAAGAAAUUGAAAUAUUUCCCGACAUACAUAUACAAGAUGAAGGAUCUCCAAGUUUGGAAAAUGACUUCUCAGUUGAAAAUGAGUAUCUUGGUGUUAAGCUUAAAAAUUUCUCAAACAUUCACUACCAGGUGAUCAGUACCCCAGCUGCUAAAUUAAAUGAUGUCCACAUGAUAUUGUAUCUCACAACUAGUGCUCAAAACAAUAUUCGUAGAAAUAUAUUAGAAUUUUCUGGUUAUCCUUUUGAUGAAUCUUCUACAGAAUACCAAUGUCGUCGAAAUCUUAUGGAACAAAUGAGUCUAGAUGACUUGAAAACUGUUGCAACUGUCCUUUGCGUUUCACAAUACAUAGUUGAUGAAUCAAAAGAUAGUCUGAUUGAUGCAAUUUUGAAGUUUCUUCUUAAACCAUCAGCUUUACUUAACAGUAGCACCAUUAUGCCUACUAUUUCUUCUGCACCUAUUUCUAGACGUUCACCUGUUGUGAAGAAGAAAGCAACUAGCACUAGCAAAACUCCACAGCUCAAUGAUAUUCUUCCAGAAAUUGUGAUAUCUGAAGUGAAAACUUUGGCUAAUGAUAAAGAUAAGCCAGCACAUUCUGUCAACAGUAGUAAAAAUGUUGUCAGCAGUUGUACUGCAACUAGUACCGUAGAGUCUAAUGUGAUAUCAACUCCAGAAUUCAAGAAAAUAACAGCUUCCUUGUCAAAUGAUAUUCAAAUAUUACCUUUACCUAAGAGUACAGAUAUGAAAGAAGAAAAAAAUGAAACUGAUGAACCAUUAUCAAAAGUGAAAAGCAGUGUAUCAAUUACUCCAGCACGAAUGCCAUAUGUUGAUAGUGAUGAUGAAGAUGAUAAACCUUUAUCUAAAAUGAUUGGUCAUCCAAAUGAUGACCAGUUAAGAGCUCUUGUCACAAAGAUUGUUAAAGAGUCCAAACUUGAAGAUAUAACUAUGAAAACUGUUAUUAGAAAAGUAUUUGAUGCAUAUCCAAAUUUCGAUCUUGGAUAUAGAAAAGAAUUUAUAAAAUCCAUUGUGAGACAAAUCUUAUCUCAAAUGGAUGAUCAGAGCUGUUCUGUGACAACAACAGUGAUUACUAUUUAACUGUUAUGUUUUUGUGUCCAAUAUUAACUUCUUUUACUAGCCUUCUUGGCUAAUAUGUGAUCCAUGUGUGUUGUGUUGAUUGAUGUUGUAUAUGUCAUUUUACUUGCAUUUAUUUUUUAAUCACUAUACAUAUACAGUGAAUCUCAUUUUCAAUAGUUUUGCACAUCCAUGUUGAAUUUUUAACAUAGAAUAUGUUUUACAGUGAAGUCGCUAUUAUUUUAGUGACACAUUCACUUUUAUUUCAACUUCUAAAAGAAAUAAUAAUUCACUUUGAUAAUACAAUUAAGAUUCCAAACUAAUGAUUAUUUCAAAAACUAAUGAUUGCAUAUGAAAUACUGGGAAAUCAUAGUGACAAAUUUCAUUAAUGGUAUAUAAAAAUUAUCUUUAAUAGUGUUAAUAAAUUGUUAAUUUCAUAAUUACAUUAUUGCAUAUAUAUUUUUUUACCUUCAAUCAUCUACUGUUAAAAGAAAAUAAAUUUCAAAGUAAAACAUAAUUUCAGACUAAUUUUAUUUGCAUUACAUCGAUAUUAUAUGUAAACACAGAUUUAAUUUUUUCUUUGUUUGUUGAAUGUGUCAUUUUUUAUAACCCAUUAAAAUGAAAAGAAUUUUGAAAAAUUUUAAUCCAUCAUAUGGCAACAUUUGCCUUAGAACUACUAAUCAGAACAGGAUGGAUGGAUGGAUAUUGGAUUUUUAUGGCGCAAGAGCCAAAACUAAUCAGAACAGAAUUCAAUCAUAAGUUAAGGAAGGCUUAUACUACAGAAAACAUAUUCUAUGUCUUAUUGUUAUUUUCAUUAAUUGGAUAUGUUUACCUCCUAUCAUAACCAUUAUAUAAAUUGAGUAUUCAUUGCAUUGUCAUUCGUUUUGUAUUUAUAUCAUGCUUAAUAAAAUAUAAUUGUGAUAAUUUCACACUGUUCAAAACAGUUGCUGAUUUAGUCAUUAUGUAGCCAUAUUAAUCUCCAAGAGAAAACGUUUAGGAACUGUGCCAUCCUCCAUUUGCAUAAUUUGUGCUUGUAUCAUGGAUAUAUCAUACAAAUUGUUAAAACCAUUUCAUAUUGGUAAUAGAAAAUCUCACUGAUUUGUUAUACCAUUAAGAUGGUAGUGUUUGAAAUUGCAUCAAAUUUUAUCAUUUAUGCUUUCAUCAUUUGUGUUACAUUGGAUGCGCACAACCCAUCUGUAAUAAAAAUUGCAUUUGUAUGUUUCAGCUUUGUCUCUUUUGAUAGUAUUCUUCGUAUCAUGUAGAGCACUUUUGAUAGAUUUAGAAUCUUAUCUUUUUCAUUUGAUUUAUGCUUUAUCUGAAAAAAUUUAUAUUCAUUUUUACAUUUAAAACUGUGGGAACUAUGUAAUAUAUGUGUUCCUGCUGAUUUAAAGCUUGAAGAAAAAAAAGUAAUCAAAUGAAGCUAUUAACAUUCAUCUUCAUCCUAAUCUAUCUCCAAAUGAAAGUAAGAUUAUUUAAUACUAUUUAUCACAGAAAUUUUAGCACCAUAGUUAAUGUUUUUUUAAUGAUGUUUGAAAGAAUACUUUUAAAUUCAAUCUUAUUAUGGUCAGUGAUAAUAAAUCAAAAUAUAUAGAAUAAGUGAUUUUAAAAGUGUGUCAGUUAGAGCUAUUAAAUUGCAUUGGAGGUUAAUAAAAAAAUUAACCAAUCGCUGAUUGUUCACAACUAUCCUAGAAAAAUGGAUUAGUUGUUCAUGAAUAGUAAAUUUGUCUUCAGCUCAUAAUAAUUCUAGCAAAAUUGUAAGUCAUAUAUAUAAAAGAAAUUUUUAAUCUAAUUUUUUAAAUAUUUAUAUUCUUGUUUAGAUGAUAUAAACGUUUGAUUUGCUUAAAAUAUUAAUAUAGUAAGGAAAAUUAUUAUGCUGAAAGAAAUCUGUAAAUUAGCCAAUUUCUUUUUUUUUUUUUUUUUUUACUUUUAAUUCCAAAGCAUUUACUAAGUUUUUCUGCUAUUAAAACCAUUUUCCUUUUAUUAUUCUUUUGUUACAUACUUUUUUAACUUUAUUGAACAUCUGAAUUUUGUAUAUUAUAAUAUUACAGAUUUUUCAAGGCUAUAGCUCUUUGGGAAAUUUUUGUACUUAUGCUUUUAUAUCUAUUUCAGAAACGAAUGCAUUCUUAAAUUAUAUAAAAAAAUUGCUCUUCUUCUGAAUUCCUAUAAAAAUAUUAUAUUUGUUUUUUUUUUUUUUUUGUGUGUGUAAAAUAAAUGAAUUCAGAUAAUUUAUUGCAAGGUAACUUUUCCCGUUUGAUCAAAAUAUUAAGAAGCAAUCAGUUAUAUUUCACUGUCACUGACAAUUUUAAAUUUUUCAAGGGGGUGAAAGAAAAAAAAAAUAGCAUUUAUAUUUUGUUUUAGUUGGUAUUUUUUUAGAACAAAUGUUUUCAGGGCAAAUUAUUGCUUUAAAAAAGAUCGUUUCUUUAUUUGAAUUACUUUGUCCAGAAUGGUCUAUGCUUUUAAUUAUCUUUUAUAAAUAAUUAUAAUUAAAAAUGAAUUUUUGUUAAUCAUGACUACAUAUAUUUUUCUUAUGCUACUUAAGUGAUUGGAAUUAUUCUAUUUUUACUUUGAAAUGAUUGAUGAACAUUUUUGUAAUAAUUAUAUGUCCAAUAAGCAAUAUUUAAUUAUAUUAACUACAAUAAAUGAGAUGUGUUUUAAAUC